CCAUUUUUUGGCUCCAUGGGCUGCGUCUGCGCAAUUGUCUUCACUUGCUUCGGUGCUGCCUACGGAACUGCGAAAGCUGGCGUAGGUGUUUGCGCGACGGGUGUUUUGCGACCUGACUUGAUUGUAAGGAACAUAGUUCCGGUCGUGAUGGCUGGUAUUAUCGGGAUCUAUGGCUUAGUCGUCUCCGUUCUUGUUGCGAAUGAUCUGAAGCAGAAUCUCUCCCUAUAUACAGGUUUGAGCCAGCUUGGUGCGGGUCUCUCCGUUGGCCUUGCCGGCUUAGCGUCUGGUUUCGCCAUUGGUGUCGUUGGUGAUACAGGAGUUCGUGGAACAGCUCAGCAGCCAAAACUGUAUGUCGGCAUGAUUCUGAUACUCAUCUUCGCUGAAGUUCUUGAAGGCCUGUACGGUCUAAUCGUCGCCCUUCUCAUGAACUCGCGCGGGAGAGAUGCCAGGGAUUGCUGA